UGUUUGCAUUGUUCAAUGCCUGGAAUAUUUGAUAUUAAAGAAUUACACUUUCCAGUUCCUUUAAAUGUACAUAUUUUGGGUGAAAAAGUAAAGAAAAAAAUUAUUAUUUUGCGUGGUUAUCCAAUUGGGAAAUUUAUUCGAAUGGAGGUCACUCGCAAGGAGGAUAAUAAAACUGAUUCAAUUGAAUUUGGCGGUGAAGAGGAGGUCAAUAGCAAAGGAUUGUUAGAAGGAGGAAGUUAUUCUGGAGAGGAUGUCCAUUUACUCUUCAACAAUUCAUUAACUAUUAAACCAGAAAUUGCUCAUUCCUCUUAUUUUAUUCGUUAUUUUACUCUUUCAAUACACGAAUGUACAAACUGCAAUCAUUCACAAAAAGGGGGAUUUUAUGAUUUUAAUAUUUGUGUUGGAAAGAAUAAAAGUUUUGAUAAUUGUAUUUUAAUUAGCAAUUUAAAUAUUAUGCCGCCAGAAUAUCCAAUUUCUAAUAUAAAGUUGUUUACUGGCAAAAAUGCUCAUAAUUCAUCUUCUCCAUCCUUUCUAAGUAUUUUACUUUCAAUACCUCCAAUUUUAUUUAUUGUCGGUGUUUUUACAAUUUGUGGGCGAACUAUUUGGAAAUUUAAACAGCGAAUUGAAAUUAGAGAAAAAUUAAAAAGAAAAAAUUUUCGUCGAGGAAGUCGAAAUACGCAAAGAACUGAAGAAACAAGUAUUCCAUUAGAUACAAUGUCAAGAACUCUUUCACUUUCUAAUUAUAUUCAAAGUCAAUUACAUUUACCUUUAAUUUCUGAAGAUGAUUUACAGCUAAACGAAUGUAUCGGCAAGGGUGCAUUUGGCGAAGUUUAUAUUGCUAAAUGGAGAUACAAAAAAUUAUUAUCAACAAAAACAAUAGAAGAAAAAGAAGAAGAAGAUCACCCAAUGAUUUCUUUAAAAGAAAAUAAAAAUAUUUUUGAAGAAAAAAAAGUAGCAAUAAAAAUGUUAAUAAAUAUACAAAUAGAUGCAGAAAUGGAAAGAGAAGCAGCUUUAUUAGCUAAUUUAGAACAUCCUAACGUUUUAAAAAUGUUUGGGGUUGCACAAUGGAGAGGACAAGUUGCUCUAGUUUUGGAAUUGAUGAGUUUAGGGGAUUUACGUAAUUAUUUAUAUAAUAGAAAGCCUUGUUGUACUAGCUAUACACAAUUUCCUCCACCUUUAAUUAAUGAUGAAUUGAUUGAUAUUUGUAUACAGAUAACUGAAGGUCUUUGUUACCUUGCUGGCCAACAAAUAGUUCACAGAGAUUUAGCAGCACGUAAUUGCCUUGUUUCUGGUGAAUCCGAUAUGAGAUGUAGUUCUGCAGCUUUUCGACCCCCAAUUUGUGUUAAAAUUGGUGAUUUUGGUAUGUCAAGAAGAUUAUAUGCUUCUGCUGAUUAUUACAAAAUGCAGGACAGAAGAAAGGCUUUACCUGUUCGUUGGAUGGCACCUGAAUGUCUUUCUAAUGGAAAGUUUACUUCACAGUCUGAUAUUUGGUCGUUAGGAGUACUUUUCUUUGAGAUUUUUUCUUUUGGUUCAAAACCUUUUGAUCCACUUAAAGAUGAUGAAGUUAUUAUAGCUGUUCUAAGUGGAAUGAGACCUAAAGUGCCAGAAAAAUGUAAACCAGAAUUGGCAGAUCUAAUGAAAGAAUGCUGGCACAGAAAUCCACAAAAACGUCUUUCGGUUGUAGAAGUACUUCAAAGACUGAAAAAAUUCAGAAUUGGACAAGUAGAAACACCAAAAGAAAAUGGGACAGGGAUGGUAAUAAAUUCUUUAUUAAAUUACAAUUAA